GCUUGGUGUGAGGGGGGGAGGGCUUCAUUUCUUACUUUCUCUUUCAUCUUCUCUCGAGCUACAAUGGCUGCUGCACACAGGAUGAGGAGAGAGGAAGAAUUUCUGAAAAAGAGAGAUUAUUUCAGAAGGAAUGCUUUCUGGAUUAUCGAGGAAAUGGUGGAACUGAGUCCACAACACCCAUCAGUGUUGGUAGAUGAGGUUCUCCAUGGUAUCUUCUUUUUGGGAGACAUCUUCACUCCACCGUAUUCCCCAAAAGAUAUUGUGAGUGAUGAUGACAUGCUGAACACGCUGAAGGGCCGCUACCCUCGGCCCUUUCAACUCUAUUCCUCUCAAGUACCCAAGCGGAGUCCAAUCUCAUGUGUGCUGGACAUGAUUGUACUCCUGAUUGGACGAGAGAAGGAAGACCAAAUAGUAAAGAAGCUGCGACAGCUCAUUGUUAAACUGAAGCAGAAUGAAGCAACAGAUCUGAUCUCCAGCACCAUUUGUGUCUCUCAGCCCAACAAUACCCGCAAUUCACCCAGAUACUACGGAGUCUCCAUGUCCACCUCUGGCCGUAAUCCCGGACGAAUCAUGAUCGCUGCAUCUUGUCUGAGCAACUGGGAGCAUUACGUGGCUGGUGCAGUGAUGACCUACUAUCCAAACAAUAAGAAGAAGGGUUAUUUUGAUGGAACCAUCAAGCUUCCAAAGCAGGUCAGGUGCCAGGCGUUCAGCCUCAGUAGAGAGGAAGAAAUGCCUCCGUGCAGAUCUUGUGGAAAUUUGUUUGGUUUGACAACAAGUGACACAAAGGAAUGGCCGUAUGGAAACUGUGCCGAACCUGAGUGUGUGAGCAAUUUGCUCAGAAAUGAGAAGGAAGUGAGAGAGCAAGCACGACCAAAAUCUCCGACGUGCACGGAUGCGAACAGGGAAAAAGCAAAGGAGAGCGUCUUGAAAGAGCUUACUAAUAUUCUGCGCAUGGUGCAAUUUAGUUGGGACAAAACAUUUUACGCCCCACAAGUUUGAUCUUAAAGAGCAGAAAUGAUUGGGUAUUAAAAAUGAAUUGUACAAUUAUUAUGGGACUUUAUUUUAAAGUAACCUUGUGAUUCUUUAUCAGUAAAACCUUUGAGGCACUGCUUACUUCUUUGUUGACAUGAAAUUCAUGUGAUCACAGCUGUAAAUCUAAUGUGUUAACUACUUCCUACUGUAAGAAUAAAGAUAUGAAUGCAUUCAUGGCAAUACAAAAAAAAGUGAACUUGUUGUGUGUUUACUGUUUGAAUGAAGCAUGCAGAAGAUCCUCGGCAGCAACCUUUAACAAAAUGCUAAAUGCAUUUCCUAAUGUCAUUGUGUUAGCCGGUACAUGCAGCAUCAGACCUGAGACUGUUUAAUGUGUGCUGCUCAGAUUGAUUAGAUCAGCUUUAUAAUGAUGAGUUUACAGAGUUUAGUCACAGAGGAAUGUUAACUUGAAGUUUGAACAAACAGAGAAUGGACAACCUGUGUCCAAGCCUGUCACUGCAGCGCCAUAUUCCAUUUACUUCUUCCUGUCAGAAUAUAUUUACAGUUUGUUUAAGAUUUUCUGCUAAUUUAUUUAUACGUGUUAGCAUUAAUGUGAGGCUGUUGUUUUUUUAACCCUGUCAGUGUGUGUUUUUGGAGGUUUCGUAAAUAUUAUAUUGCUUGUGAAAUCAGUUAUCACUGUUUGUUGUUUUUAAUAAAGGUAUGAACAAAAUCA